AUGUCUACAUCCUCUCCCCCCACAUGCCACCAGGGCACCCUCGCCGACCUCCUCCCUUCCCACUUCACCACCCAAAUAACGACCUGGCUGGCUGAAGACACCCCCUCGUUCGACUACGGCGGCUUCGUCGUGGGAUCAGAACCGCGCAGUGCCCAACUCCUGUGCAAGUCUGCCGGCGUGCUCGCCGGCGUGCCGUUUUUCGACGAGGUGUUCCGCCAACUCGACUGCACUGUGGCGUGGCACUAUGACGAAGGCACAUACCUCGACCCGCAACAGGCUGGGGGGAAGAUCAAAGUGGCCACGGUCAAGGGCCCGACCAGGAAACUCCUUCUGGGAGAAAGAGUCGCACUGAACACACUGGCACGGUGCAGUGGCGUGGCGACUCGCUCCAAGAAGAUGCUCGAGCUGGUGCGCGGCGCGGGCUACCGGGGCAUCUUGGCUGGCACACGCAAGACCACGCCGGGUUUCCGGCUGGUCGAGAAGUACGGCAUGUUGGUGGGCGGGAUCGACGGCCACCGCCACGACCUGUCGAGCAUGAUCAUGCUCAAGGACAACCACAUCUGGGCCAAGGGCUCCAUCACCAACGCGGUCAAGGCGGCCCAGGCCGUGGGCGGCUUCGCGCUGAAGAUCGAGGUCGAGGUGCAGAGCGAGGCCGAGGCGGACGAGGCCAUCGCAGCGGGAGCCCACGUGGUCAUGCUGGACAACUUUGACGGGGAAGGGCUGAAGGUCGCAGCCAGAAACCUGAAGGAGAGAUGGCGGGCCAGAGGCAGGGCAGAUGUGCUCCUCGAGAGCAGCGGCGGGUUGACCGAGGCCAAUGUCAAGGAAUAUAUUAACAAUGACAUCGACAUAAUAUCAACGAGUGCCGUUCACCAGGGCGUACCACAUGUAGAUUUCUCGCUCAAAAUCGAUCAUUGA